AUGGGUAUAAUCGAGAAGCUGAGAAAGCAAAAGAUGAAGGGUCCGACCGUGCAUGGAACUACAUCGGGGAUUGGAUUGCAAAGACUCGAGGUUAGGAGCCGAUCGACAAGUGCAUUUGGGGAGACAUGCAAAACUUCAAAAUGGUCAAGGAUGGAGUCUCCCCAUCUUGAUCGUCCUACUCUGCCAUUUACCGAAGAGCAAUCGGCUUCUCAGGCACUGUCAAUGGGUUAUUUGCCUCGUGAUCCCAAGAAGGAGAGGGUCACACGGAACUUGGAGGUCCGUAAACCUGACUGGAUUUGUAACUUUGUGGAAUCAAUAUCAGAGAUCCCGAAAUCUCAUGGUGUGCUGGAGCAUGGUAUGACUUGGGCUUGUAUCCCAAUGAUGGUAUGGAAUCAAGACUUGGAGGCAAAAGUUUCAAAUACGCAUGCUUCUGAGAGGCUAUACUAG